UUUAACCUGGGAAAGGAGGAGAGCCCUAAUGAUGUGCUUUUCUACGUUUCAGUAGUGCUGCUGCCGGCUACUUCCAGCAGGAGUUGGGCGUUCUUGGCAAGAUCAGUAUUUGACAUCACAUAGCUGGAUUCGGAGUAGUUUGGAGACAGUUUUCGGGUCCAUGCUCUUCCCGGGUCCAUGAUUCUGAUCUCCGACAGGUUGGGUAAAAUGGGCGUCGGCCAGAAGACUGUGCUGGCUGUGAAAAGCGUUUCUGCGGGAUCAGAGGCCUGGAGCGAGGAUAAGUUUCUUCCGGGAGACGUGAUCGAGCAGCUCAGAACCGGAAGCCAGGUGGUUGCUGCUGUAAAAUCUCCUUUUUCGGGAGGGAAGACUGGCUUUGGUCGAGAGCUCCGGAAACUUGCCUCUGCAAAAGAAAGGAUCUAUGUGAGAAUUUCUCGGCAAGGGAGGAGGCUAGAAAUCACUGCGUCUGUGGUUGCUGAGGAGUCUGUGCUUCGAAAGCAUUAUGCACUGGCAGAUUAUGAAGAUAAGAGCUACACGGCCACCUUUAUGGAUGCUACUGAAGAGGAAUGCGCUCUUAUUCAAGACCAGACGCAGAAGGUUUUAGAAGGCAGAGGCAAGUCCAGAACUUCCAACACACAGAUGAGAGGCUGCGUUAUUUCGUACGCGUGGCAACAAAAGAUGCAGCAUUUUCUUCCUCCUCCAAAUUCGUCAAUUGUUUUCUCACUGCUCGUUAUGCCGUUUAAGCAAGCUCAACUGGGAGCAGGUUACAACGAUGUCGAUGACACUUCAGCAAGAGCAAUGGCGUGGCUGUCGGCUUCACAAAAGGUAGGAGUACCUAUCAUUUUUGUGAACAUCCAAACAGAACCAAUUCUCAGACAGGGCUCGAGUGCCAGAGGAUUUGGCGUGGCUGGUCAAGAAGAGGCAUCGAGUGUUGCAAACUCGGGAAGCUAUACUGUUCACGAUGAGGCUGGAAGCGAUAUAGGGGUGCUGAGAGGAGUUCGUCUGUGGUUCGCUCCUGCUGCAUCAGAGUUGGCAUUGAAUCUUGUUCCACAUGAAAGCGAAAGACUAGGCGUCGGCAUCAGUCACACUGAGGAGGGGUUUCUCUACGUAUCAUCGGUCGAAUCUGGAACUGCAGCCGACCGUGCUGGACUAAAGCAACUGCAUGAUUCCGGGCGUGCAGCCGGAAAGCUACUAGUGAUUUCCCGGAUUACUGGAAGAAAAGUCGCCCCCUGGAUGGUGCAGUCCUCCGGCGCCAUUCGCUGCUUCGACACGCUACUGAUCAGCGAGAUCCUCUCCUUGCACAAGCAGUCACUGGAGCCGAUCCAGAUGUUCGUCAUGCUGUGGAACGGCGUCGUCCUACUGCCGCGUGGAGCCGACGGCGUCGAGUCGGCACUCUCGUCCAGCGACUUCAGCAGCGACAGCCAGCGAGUUUCCAGGACAAGAACGAGCUCGAGCUCGUCAAGGGUGGUGAAGUGGCAGGACAGCGGCGACUCGGGCAAUCACUGUUCCGUCCGUUACGAAAACGAGGAUUUCUCCUUCAGCUUGUAGACGGGUGGUGGAGGCAGUGGAGGAGACAAGGACAUAAGAGACAGGGACAGAGAUAGAGAUGGAUUGGUGGACGGUGCAGUGGGAGGAUGAUCGACCGACAAGUUUGACCGCAGUGGUGGUCACAGGUACAUUCAAGAAUUUGAUUCCUGGCAGCUUCUGGAAAGCAGGCGUGGGACCGUUUCCGGUCUGGGAUCAUGCAAAGACACGAGAAUAUAAAAAAAGGCUCGGCACGAUCAGAUGAUCA